GUUUGAAUACCACUACGGCGUGACUGGCACAGUUACGCGAAGCAGAAGAUCACCAGGCGAACUCGGAUCGCUAUGCGAGCCGACCUGCCAUAGGCAAACUCAUGCGAUAAAAUGUAGCCAAGGGGGGGGGCAGAAUUUACGAAAGACGUUGUGAUCGAAGUGGCGUGUUCGAACAUGUUGCGCCAGAGCAAGAACCGCCCCACGCACACCUCCGAGGCGAGCGACGGCUGGUCAUUGCGAGCACAGCCGAAACCAACAACUAAUGCCCGACUCAAAACUAAUGCCACAACGGUGCUGACCGACGUGCCCUCGGCGAGGGCACGGGCGAGCGCGCGACGCGGGCCGGCACGCGAGACCCGGCGAAGGCUCCCCGCCAACACCACGGCGACCAGCUGCGCUGAGUGGGGGGCCACUUGGCCGCCGAGUUGUUUUUUUGGGGGGAGCUGAGGAGGAGGAGGAGGAGGCAGGUGGGAGGGGAGGUGGAACAAAAAAAAAGCUACCCCCUGCGACGCCGCGGGCGCGCCGCGGCUGGGGCAGGCCGGCGCAGAAGCCGUCGGCGCGGGCCGGCACGGCGGGCGGCAGCCCGUCGAGGACGCAGACGGAGCAUGCAAGCAGGGAGGGGACGAGAGGGAGGGAGGGGAGGGAGGAGUAGAACCAGAAGCCGCCGGCGACAUGCCAUUCGGAUUCAGGAGACGUCCAGGUGGCGGCCUCCCCUGGCAGACUGUAGCAAGGAAGGCCUGCGAGUCGAAAGUACGGCCUGCACAUGCGCAUCUAGUAAAGUGGCUGUAUAUUCCGGAGACAUAAACAGCUGUCUUGACGCACUUGAUAACGCCAACGCAGCCACUGCGAGUUAUCACUGCCAGCGCCGGCUGUGGUCAUUGGGGCGUGAGGCGAGCUCGCAACCUCCAUCCAACACGUCGGACGAUUCUAGCUCGCCUGGCUCCAAAAUCUGCCGAAGGCAAACCCUCAGAAACACUUCCCAUGAACAAUGGUGGGGCCUGGCUCAUCGUACUCCCCGAAGGCAAACCCUCAGAAACACUUCCUAUGAACGAUGGUGGGGCCUGGCUCAUCGUACUCCCCCUUGGAGAUCCACAUCUGCUGGAAUGUGCUCUUCGAGGGAAGGAAAGAACGACCGAUCCACACUGAGUACUUGCGCUCGGGCGGAACCACGACCUUAUUCUUUGUGGAAGGAGCCAACGCCGUCGGCUCCUUGGUCACGCGCUCGCUGAUGCCUGGGAACAUUGUGGUGACACCAGACAGCACCACGUUGGCGUACAGGUCCUUGCGGGUAUCGACAUCGCGUUCCAUGACCGACUGGAACGUGGUGUCGUGGAUACUGGUCUUCCUUGCCCGCGAACUUAAGCUGAAAGAGCAACUCUGGGCAACGGAAGCGCUCGCUGCCCAGGGUUAUGGUGUUCCCGUCAGGGAGUUCGUACACUUUCUCCUUGUCGGAGCCCUCAGCGGUGACCUUCAUCUCGGAGUCGAUGCCGAGCGGGAUUUAGCAGAAUUCUUCCCGCAACGCCAGGUCCAGGCGCAGGAUCGCAUGCGGCAGCGCGUAGCCCUCAUGUGCGACACGUGCGACGCGCCAUCGCCGGAACCCAUGACCAUCCUACUGGUGCGGACUGAGAAGUACCGCGAGAAAACUGCCUGGAUCGCGACGUACAUCGCUGGCACGUUGCACGUCUCAAACCUGACCUGCGUCAUGCGACCGCGAUUCGCCUUCGGGUCCACGGGCACCUCCGAGAAGACCAGGGGGUGCUCCUCCGGAGCUACGCGGAGCCCGUUAUAGAAGGUGUGGUGCCAGAUCUCCCCCAUGUCGUCUCAGUUGUUCACGAUGCCACGCUCGAUUGGGCACUUCAGGGUCAGGACGCCGCGCUUGCUCUGGGCCUCGUCGCCCGCGUAGCUGUCCAUCUGGUCCAUGCCGACCAUGAACCCUGGCAUCAGAAGAAGCUGCACCCCUGGGGCGGACAAGGAGACAGUGCAACCUGGCGCGAGCCAAACGCACUGAGAAAAUAAAACUCUUCACACCUGGGGUGAACCAGGAGGCAGGCUGACGCCUGGGGCG